AUGUACAGAAUAAACAACAGCGACCCACCCAAACGGCUACGCGAGGCGAAGGCGAUCGCGACCGCCAUGGGUAUUACAAUCGCGGCGGCGUACACGACACACUCGCGAAUAGCAAUUACGGUUUCCGAGCGCGGCCAGAAACACGCCGGCGCCUGUGUCAUGGCGGACGCAUCCGUCGCAGCGCAAACCGGCCGCGUUGGCGCGUUUCGUGUGACGGGUUCGUCCAACGCAUCCGCCUUAGACGACGCGUCUGCGCUUUCCCCGAUCAACGCGGUCAAAAUGGAGCGUGAAAGAGACAAGCCCGUGCUUAGGUUCGCUAAAAUUUCCGAGCACGCCGUCCCGCCCACGCGCGGUUUCACCAGAGACACGGGAUACGAUCUUUAUAGCGCCCACGAUUGCACGGUUGGAGCCAUGGACAAGGCCGUGGUGAAGACCGAUAUUCAGAUCGCCGUUUCUCGCGGAUACUACGGGCGAGUGGCACUGAGAUCGGGUCUGGCGGCCAAACACUUCAUCGACGUUGGCGCCGGCAUCGUAGACGAAGACUACAGGGGAAACGUGAGCAUUGUACUCUUUAACUUCGGCAAGGCGACGUUUGACGUGAAGAGGGGUGACAGAGUCGCUCAGUUGGUUUGUGAGAAGAUCUGUUACCCGGACCUGGUGGAGGAACAGACGCUCGCCGAAAUGAACCGCGGCGCCAGAGGCUUUGGCUCGACCGGACGCAAUUGA